AUUUAAUUGGUUCAUCCUCAGUUUACCGCUUUUAUGUUAAGAACUAAGCACCUUCAAGUGAAGGAUUUAGCGUAGUAUAUUGACGAGGCUUCCACCGAUAUCUGCCCCCAUCCUCACCGCUCUAUCGCGACUCGCACUUUAAGCGCACGGCGUUGAAGCAUCUUCUCUUGAGAUCAAAUCGCGCUACACCCUCCUCGAGAUACUGGCCAAUUUUCCAACCACUUCGGGGGCUAAAUUGGGUAUUCAAGCAUACUGGAAAGUUGUGAAUGCUCUUACCAGUGCCCGUAUCGACGAUCGAUGUGACGAUAUGUCCAACAGGGCCAGGCGGUGAACCUCAUGCCCCGCAUAUAAAUAUCAGAGAGAGCAACGCAAUGUUGGCAGAAGUAUGGAAUACAGAGCAGCAUAUCUAAGUAAUUUUCCUCAUCAUGGCCAACUCAUCCGGUGCUGUCCCGGCACUUCCGCUGAACAACAUGCAAUUGCACAACAACAUUGCCCGCCAAACUCCAACUACCCCUUAUAAGCCGCAAUUACAUCCUAGCAUAUACGAAAGGAUUUCAACUGCCAAGAGAGCAGCCGGCUUAGAGGAGGAUAGCUUCUAUACUGACGAAGACGUCGUGAACUACUCGCCUCGUGGCUGGCCUAAAAUAGCGUCGCAGCAGAUGUAUUUUGGCAACCAUAACAGCCAUAGGGGCUUCGACCCCCUGACGCACUACCUACUCACGUCUUACGAACUCAAACUCUCCGUCAUCGAGAAUGAACUAGACGAGAUGAACUGCGAGGACGCAAAAGAGGGUAGAGAACCCCUAUGGUCGCUUCCUUUUGACCGCGAGCAAUUCAUCACCCGCUGCCGUCAAGGGGUCGGACAUCUGCCGCUACAAUGUCCAGGGUCAAACUUGGACGAGAUCGAUCGUGCGACGCAGAGGGAGAAUAUGAUCACGACCGCUAGGAUUCUACUUAAAGAAUACCUACAGCUUCUUCUCCUGCAGCGCGAUAUCAAGAGGCUUCCGCGCGUGUCUCGGAGCGCACACGAGGCGCACUUUGAAAUUGCACGGCGUCACCAGGGACUUAAUGAUCAGGCGUGCGCAUUUAUGCGCUACAUCGACGAUUUCGUUAGUACCGAGCCAGAUGCGUUUUUCCGGCGGUUCGAAUCCUUGCUGUACUAUGUAAACGAUCGCUGGUUCAUGAAACCACUGAAGCACCUCUGUCGCUUUUUCAGCCGAUCUACUCUUCCUUCCUCCAUCCCUCCUGACGGCCCACACAUGACCUAUAGCUUGCGGCCCUUCCGGUUAUUACUCAAGGUUUUUCUUGCAGUUGGCAGUCUGUCGCUCUCGCUGUUGCCCAUCGCAAUCCUAUUUUUAGAGACGAACUGGUCGCGCGCGGAAUACUUGACCGUUGUUACCGUCUCCUCCGCCGUUUUCGCCCUUGUCAUACUGGCCUUUGAACCCCGUACGGUGCCUAUGCUCGUCAGCCUUAAUGCAUACUUCGCUGUGCUCUCCACGUUCCUAUCGAACUUACCUAUGUAGUUACGAUAUGACCUAAGAAGAUGGCGUUGCUAUGGGGAGGGGCUAAGCUGUAGUCUGCUACCGGAGGAUGAUUAUAUAUAUGAUGAGGGGAUGACGGAAAUGAGUGGUGAAAAGGGGUUGCGGCAAGAAAGGUUUUUAGGUCGGAAGAGUUUGAUAGUUUUUACGAAUAUAUAGUAUAAUGUA